GAAUGUUCUGCAAGUUUGUGAAAGCGCUGUUUGAAAGAAAGGAGUUUGCUUCAUAUUAAUCCAAUAAUGGUGAGAAGCAGGAGCCGAACACCACCACCACCACCACCACCACGACGAGAGAGACGGCGUUCACGCUCGUCUUCACGAGAUCGUGAGAGGAGGCGCAGGGAGCGCGAGAGGUCCCGGGACAGAGACAGACGAAGGUCGCGCUCACGCUCUCCCCAAAGGCGUAGAUCCAGGUCUCCACGGCGACACCGCUCCUCCUCUCUGUCUCCAGUGCGGCAGAAGGACAGGCGAGACGAUGACAGGAAGGAAGUUAAAGACAAGCCAGCAAAGGUCCAUCAGAUAUCAGCUGAGGACAUGCAGGGAAAGACUGAAGAGGAAAUCGAGAUGAUGAAACUGAUGGGCUUUGGAUCCUUUGACAGCACAAAGGGCAAAAAGAAGGAAGGAAAUGUUGCUUCGUUUGCAAUUAACGUGUCGCAGAAGAGAAAAUACAGGCAAUACAUGAACAGGAAAGGUGGUUUCAACAGACCUUUGGAUUUCAUUGCUUGAUGGAGUCGUCAGGAACCAUGUUUUAACGACUUGUGUCUUUUUGAUGAAAUGUAUAUUUCUUUUUCUUCCUGAGUUUAUGUAAAUAUGUGUUCCAGUGGUUUUUCCAUAUGUUUUGUUUUUCAGUCGAUAGCUGUGAUGUAAGUGUAGUUUAGUUUGUAGUAGCUCAUUUUAAUUUUUUGAUAUUGUGGAUACAUUUCCUUGAAUAUCUUAUUUAGCAAAAACAUUGCAGUAGUUAAUAAAUGGGAACUCUUGAUGAA